UGAUGACAAAAUGGCGUCGGCGAAAUCUUUGGAGGACAUGUUAUCUUCAGAUGUCGACGAAUCGGCAGUUAGUGCGUUAGUUGGGUCUCUAGAAUCACAGUUGUUGUCAUCAAAUAUCCAUAUACCUAGUCAAGAUGUUCAAACGUCGUUAAAUCACAUAAAUUGUGACAGUUUACGCGAUGGACAGAAACUCGGUCCUACUUCGACUCAUCUGACUCAAGCGUCUUCGAUACUAAACAAGACAAAUUCGCAAGUGGUUACUAAUAAUGCAACAUCUCCGUCGACUCCUAACACAGUUAUGGUGACUUUAGCUGGUGCAUUGCCAGCUAGUGGAUAUAUUAGUCAAGUGACCAGCCCAGCACAACAAGCCCUUCUCAAUACUUCUGCUGGAAGAAAUUCCGAUAUCAAAAUAGUUUAUUCGCCUCAACCUACCACCAAUACCAGUAGUACGGUGAUCCAAGCACAAAGGGGUAAGGUAACAACAGUACCUAAUGGAAACGUUGGUAGACCUGCAACCACGGUAGGACCUGUCAUUACCAUGGCAGGAGCAUCCGUUGUUACUACAGCAGGAAUGACUGCGAUUCAAAAUUUAGCAAAUAUUGCAUCUCAGCAAGCACCUUUGAUGAUUCCCAAUGCGUGUACUACACCUCCUAGCACCAUUCCUAUCAGUGUUAAUGCCAAACAGGUGGUGACUAGGCUGACGGUGAGAGAACAGCUCGAACAAAAACAGCAGACGGAAAAAUUGAAUGUCAAGACACAGCCGCAAUUAAUGAUCAAAGAGGAAUCUUCUGGAGUGCAUCAGCCCCACGAUUCGACUAACGUUAUUAUUCCGUUGACUCAGGCACCUCCGCCGGUGGUUACAAACGUUAUACAGGUUUCGAGUGCAACGCCGACGGUGGUUACGGUGGCAAAGACAACACAGUCGCAGUCUCAGACGCAACCUGGUCAGCCGGUAAAUGUGGUGACGCAGGUUGUAUCGAAUCCAAAUAUUCUUCCCGGUGUUCAGAUUGUUAAUGUCAGUCCACGAACUCAAGGCAUUGCGGGGCAAAAAACAUUAGCACCGAGACUUGUAUUUGGAAAUCCAGUUCGCAUUGCACCCCAGAUGUUAACUGCACGUCCGGGGGCACCGGUUCAAACGGCGGGACAGGUAAGUAAAUCAUGGUACUGAUGUAAUUAAAACUUUGUCAA